AGCCUGGAAGAUUGGGUUUUGGUUCGUCAAAAACUACGUAGUCUCCGAACAUUUGGAGCUAGAGACAUUGUAUGGACAUGGUUCACACUAUGCGAGUUACGAUACACCAUUGCAGAAUCACGCGUCUAGAACAAGUUGUUUGGACUAGACUAGGACUACUCGUUAGUUAUUGUAUUCAGAUGAAGUAACAAAAAUGGCUCGAUAAGUGUUUUGAAGCGUGUUGCAGACAACUACAUGAAAGAGUACGCAUACAUAGGUUCUCCUGCUGAUUCAUCUUGGAGGUUUGUGUUUCCUUGACCUUGCUUCAUGUGCCCUCGUCCGUCGGGAAUUACUCCAUUGUGAACAUAUUCGGAAUCACGAAAAAUGGCCUCUUCGUCUUCGAGCAGCGCCGCUCCAGGCGGAGGCGCUAGAAAAAGCGGCUCCGGUACAGGUGUGACGAGCAAUAAUAAAGGAGGCGCCAUGUCAUUAUUUUCUUUCAUGCCAAAACGGCAAGCGGCUGUGGAGGUGGCAGACGAGUUGGAGGCUAAACGACGUCGGACAGCUGCCGCGGCAAUGGGUAAAUUGCCAACCCCAGCCAAAGGCGGCUCACCACAGGCAUCGCAGGAGCAGGAAGUUCCUGGAUCGAAAGACAGCACAGGCAGUGGAGUAGCAGCUGCGCCAUUACAGGAACAAGACGACCCGAAAACUCCAUUGUUUGGCAAGCGAUCGUCGGCAUCUCCGGCGAUGGCGUCUAAGAAAGAUCGCUUGCUACCGAGCGAAGAUUCCGACGUAGAAAUGGGCGCGGCGGCGAGAGCAGAAGAAACCGACCCGAUGCUCAGGACAGAGCGCAAGCUUACGCAGAAAGAGAGCCGCGCGCUCGAGAGUGAGCUCAUACGCAGCCACACGCCGGGUCGAGCAGCGGGUUCAUCAUCUGCGGCGAGUGCGAUAGCUGGUAACAGGAAGUCGGCUGCCAGCGGAAAACCGAAGAGCAGUUCUGCUGGCCCGAACCGGGUUUCCGAAGGAGUACGCGCAGCUGGAAUAAAAGCGACGUCUUCUUCCUCGUCGUGUGCACAACCGCCCGCUGCUGCUUCAGAAGAAGCGCCACAGGAAAAGUUGGCCAUGAGCGAACACUGGAAAAGCGAACUCGCAAUGGCCCAGGGCGGAAUUAAGACGACACGCAUGAAGGGUGGUGAGGAUGCCAGCGCUUUCGGCCUAUCCAGUAGCGCGACAGGAGGCUUGAAUGCGAAGAACCUGAACGAGUACUUUCGCAAAAUUGUAGACUGGCAAAGCCAGGCGCUCUACUAUCAUCAGUGGCCGUCCUGGCUGCUUCCAGAGAAUAUCAAAGACAAGCACGGACGCCGUCCAGAUCACCCGGACUACGACCAGACGAGUCUGCUCCUGCCGAAAUUCACGAAGGAGAUGGAAAAGGAUGAGGCGACAAAAAAAUGGCUCACGCCAAUGAUGUUAUGAAGUUUGUAAUCGUAAUGAUACGAAGUAGUGGAUUUGUCCAUCCUCACAAGAGCGACGAUUACGAUGCUACAACUGCUUGUUCCUCACAGGUACGUAGUAUUGAGGCGGCGUUCGCUAUCGGUCAAACCAGUAGUACCUAAGUAGAUGCUAAUGCACCUCAUUAGGGCUGAUCAUAUUACUAGACACAUGUCGCGUCUACGUCUACCAUACAUGAGGAGCUUGCUCACCCUGCUCUAAUAGAGAAGCAGUUCUGGCAGAUUAAGAAGGACAACUUUGACAAAGUUUUGUUGUUCAAAGUGGGGAAGUUCUACGAGGUCUUUUUCUACGACGCCUACCUCGCGCACGACGUCUGUGAUUUCAAGUGGAUGGGCAAAGAUCCGCGUCCGCAUGUCGGUUUUCCGGAACCUGUCCUGCACCUCAAUGCUGCUAAGCUCGUGGAGGCAGGCUACUGCUCGGUGGUAGUGGAGCAGAUUGAGACAGUUGAGGAGGCUCAGGCGAAGAAGGAGGCCCGGAAGGCUGGAGGGGAGAAGGGUGGCACGGUCACAGUAGAACGAGGGGCGUGCGAAGUUUUUACACCAGGAACGCUUGUGCACGAAAACAUGAUGCGGGGUCGAAACCAAGACUCCUACUUUCUCUGCGUCCUCAGGCAGGAGGAAAAUACGAACAACUUCGGACUCUGCCUUAUCGAUGUAGCAAGUGGCGUUUUCAGAGUCGGGUACUAACUCUUCUAACAGUUUAAAAUGAACUCAGGUCUGUGUGGAUGUGUCGCGAAUGCUCAUGAUAUUUUCCAAAACACAGAGAAUUUAUUAAGCAUGCUCGCUAUUCGUCGUGUAUGCUCUUGAACAAGCUCCACCUGUAGUUUGGCUCUCUGAGUCUGAUUUAAGUUCGUUGAUCUCCGCCACCAGCUACCUCCAAGAUCGAGGCGAAUGGGGGCAGUUGCGCACGAUGCUAGCGCAGACACAGCCACGCGAAGUCGUGUAUCAUCCAAAGCAUGUUGCACCCGGUGUGAUUAAGAUGCUAAAGUUGAUGCCAGUGCGGCCGGCCUGCACUCCAUUUGACGACGGGAUUGACUCAAUCAGUAAUGCGAAGAAGACCGUCCAGGAUGAGGUAGGAAAAUUGGAAGCGAACAAACUCACAGUUGAAGUGGAAGACGUAUUGCUGAAUCAGGGCAGCACCUUUGCUCUUGCGGCAAGUUUUAAAUACCUCGGCAGUAUUCUUUUGAAGAAUCACGUACUUCCAAUCGCGAAGUGGAGCGUGUACGAUCCGGCCGUCGUCUCACAGAAGCACAUGGUGCUGGACGCGACGGCACUAGACAAUCUGGAGAUUUUGCGACGCAGCGACGGCAAGUACGAAGGGUCCUUGUUGCACUUUCUAGACAAGACGAAUACUGCUUUCGGCUUUCGAUUGCUGAAGCGCUGGCUGUGCGCGCCCUUGAUGGUGCCACCCGAGAUUCGUAAACGGCAAGAUGUUGUUGACGUCCUCGUGGACCACCCGGACGCAGCACAACGCGCAAAAGACGCGCUGAAAAAACUUCCCGACAUGGAGCGAGGCUUUGUCAAGCUUUGUUCGCUAGGCACGACGCUGCAGCAGCGCAAAGCCGUGUUGUAUCAAGAUUUCAUUGGGAAGCGGCUCACUGAUUUUUUCAAGCUCCUCGAUGCUUUUGACGAGGGUCAGCGACUCCUUCUCCAACUCGCGAAAGAUCUCCCACCGGCGAAAGAAUUACCCGUGCGACUGCAGCAGCUCCUGACGCUCCAGGAGAAAGAUGACAAAUCGUCGGCCUCUGGUGCCCUUCUGCCAGACCUCCAAGCACUGAACAAAGAAUUCAAGACGGCUUACGUGUACCAAACAGGCGAGGGAAGGAAUAUGACUUACAGACCAAAAGUCGGAAAGAGCAAGGCUUAUGAUGCAAUCGUUCAACAGAAGCAGGACUGCGAAGGCCUCCUUGAAAAUGAGUGCUUACUAAUUUUUUUGAAAAUGAGUGCUUACUAA